AUGAAGGUUCAGAAUAUAGUUUUUCGUCAUAUAAGAACUAAACUACAGUUUAAGAGGCGCAAAAAAAAACAACAACAUGAAUCAAUCACAGUCUUCUUUCUGGUAUCCUGUGGAAUACUGAUACAUGGGAUAGGGGCUCCGGCAUGCUAUGAAUAUGGUCUUCCAUUCCAAUCCAUCCUCAGUUCCUCCCGCACCCACCAGUUGCUCCGACGUGCUCCCUUAGAACUUUCUGACCACGCCAAUUCACUAGAGAGUUCUAACUCUCACAAGCUUAUUUGCGGAACUGUGAGGGGCAUUAGCAUGUUCAUUGUCGACCGCCAGUUCACGAAACAUGAAACCCUCACCUUCCCUCAUACCAAUCCAAAACCAACCGUCACAGCGGAACAUACAACGGAAUCUAAAUCCACAAUACCUGCAACUUCAACAGAGAAAACAAAUGCAGCAUAUACAACUUUAACAGAGAGGACAAACAAAACAACUGCAACAGAACCUACAACAUCUACAAUAAGAACCACUGAACUAACAAUUUCGACAAAGCUAAAACCCGAAUCAACUGAAGUAACUGAACUUACAGAGAGAACAACUAAAUCAGCAGAUAAAACUGAAUCUUCUUCACUCUCCACAGAGAGGACUAGUCAACCAUCGCCUUUAACUAUAUCUACUGCCUUGACAGGAAGUACGACUGAAGCAGUUACAGAUGAACCUUCAGCCUCAAUAGAAGUGACAAGUAAAAGAGUUACAAAUGAACCCACAACUUCAACUGAAAAAUCAUCAACUGAACUUUUGAUAUCGACAAAAAGGGCAACUGAUUCUGCAUCUUCCACUGAACCUGCAACAUCGACAGAUAGGAUAUCUAAAUCAUCAGCCGGAACUAACGAAGUCUUGGCAGAGAGUACAACCAAAACAGUUACAGCUGAACCUACAAUCUCACUAGAGACGACACGUGCAACAGUAACAAAGGAAUCUUCAUCAUCUACAGAGAGCGCAACUGAAUCGACAGCUACAAUUUUAACAGAGAGGAACACAGAAAUAGCUACAACUGAAUCUACUCAUUCGUCAGAGAAGGCAACUGAACCAACUACCAAUGAAUCCUUAACAUCGAUAGAGAACAUAACUGAAUCAACUACUACAAUCAAAUCUACAGUUCCGACAGAGAAAUCUACUGGAGUGGCAGAACCUACAACCUCGGUAGAUGGGAUGACUGACGUAGGUACAUCUAAAGUUACAACUUCCACAGUGUCCGCAGAAUUAACAGCAACCCCUGAAUCCACCCUCUCGACAGAGAAGACGACCGAAACUGCUAUGGCUGAGAUUGCAAUAUCUACAGAGAAGGAAAUAACACUUAAAUCCACAGCCACACCUGUGGUUAUAAGCUCGACAGAAAGGAUAAUGGAAUCAACAGAAAAAAAUGAACAGGGGGCAGCUGAAUCAACAUCAGUAUCCUCAAUCUCGACAGAGAUGAUUGAAUCAACAACUAGAACUGAACCUACAACCUCGACAGAGAGGAUAACUGAAUCAUCUUUUACAACUGAAACUACUGUCUUGGCAAAAAGUACGACUGAAAAAAAUACAGUUGAACCUACAAUCUCACCAGAAACAAGUGAAACAGUUACAAAUGAACCAAAAGCUUCGACGGAGAGGGCAUUAGCUACAACCGAAUCUGGAAUUUCGACAGAAAGGAUGACUGAAGAUAAAAUCUCCACAGUCCCAACAGAAAAAUCAGCAGCAACACCUGAGUCUACAAUCUCAACAGAAACAGCUACAACUAAGUCUACAACACUGACCGAGAGGGCGAUUGAAUCAACAUUUACAACUGAGCCUACGGCCUUGUCUACAACUACAACCGAACGAGCAGCCUCGUCAGAGACAAGCAAUUCCAUAACUACUGCUGAGCCUACAAUAGCGACAGAAAGGAUAACUAAAUCAACAGAAACAUCUGAACAAGAAAUAUCGGCAUUGAAAACAACGGAAUCAACGGCAACAGGUGUGUCAACUAAAACAUCAUUAUCUACAUCUACAAAAGAAAUAACCACAAAGUCAAAAGGGCUGACAAUCUCGACAGAGAAGGAAAUGGAUUCAACAGUUACUAGCAGACCGACAAGUUCAACGGAAAUAAUAACCACACCAACAACUACAACCAAAACUGCAACUUCGACAGAGAAUGAAGCAAAAACUAAGUCUACCACUUCGACAGAGAGAAUAACUGAAACUACAGUUACAACUGAACCUACACACCCAAUUCAAAGAUUGACAACAUUAACAACAAAUACUGAACCUAUACACUCGACAAUGGAAACAAAAGAAUCAGUGUCUUCAGUGUCAGCUUUGGCAGAGAUGACAACUGAAUCAACAGCUAAGAUUGGAUUUACAGGUUUGACAGAAAAAUCCACCGAAUUAACAUCUACAAUCGAAUCUACAACCGAUACAGAGAAAAUACCAACAUCAACAGCUAGAACUGGUCCUACAAGCUCAAUAGACUGGGCAACCGGUUCUGAAACUAGAACUGAACCUACAAGCCAUAUAGAGCGAACCACGGUAUCAACAGUCUUGACAGAAACUACAACUAAAUCAACAGUUACAACCAAACCUAGAACUUCAACAGUUAAGACAACUGAAUUCAUAACUACAACUGAACCAUUAAGCUCUAUAAAGGGGAUGACGCAAUCAGUAGCAACAUCUGAACCUCUAAUUACGACAGAGAAGACAGCUGAACCUCCACCCACAACAAAGAAGAUAACUGCAUCAACAUUCACAAAUGAACCUACAACCUUAAGAAAGACAACAGAAUUAACAGCUAAAGCAGUGACAGAGGGAAUAUCUGAACUUACAGCUACAAGUAACUCUGCAAUCUUGACAGGAAGUACUACUGAAUCAUCAGGUAGGAUUGAACCUACAAGCUCGACUGAGAGGAAAUUGAAAUAUACUACUACAGCUGUGCCAUCAACCAUGAUGGAAGGGGAAUUUGAUUUUACAGAGACCGAUAAAACAAAUUCAUUAACUACAAUUGAAGCUACAACCCCAACGCAAAGCUUUCUUCAAGCAACUAGUACAAUCAAGUUUACGCCCUCGACAAUGAAGGCAACAGAAUCAGUAUCAACCACAGGACCCACAACCUCGACAGAGAGCAUGAGUACAUCAACAACUAUAAAUGAACCAACAAGUUCAAGAGAUGACACAACGGAAUUAAUAACUACAAUUGAACCUAUAACCUCAACUGAGAGAACUGAUUUUACAUCUCCAGAUGACAGUACACAGUUUACAGAAUCAGCGAUUCCACCUGAAACUAUAACCUCGACAGACAUGAUCAUUAAAUCUACAAGCAGUACUGAACACAGAACAUCUGGAUUAAUGGCUACAGCAGCACCUACCAUCUCAUCACAGAUGACUACUGAAUCUAUAAUUACAACUGAACCUACAACUUCUAUAAAAGGGACAACAACUAUAAUUUUGGCUACAAGAUCAACAGAAAAAACUAUAGAGUCAGGGGCUACAACUGAUUUUACAAGCAGUGAUGAACGCAUGACCCCAACAGAGGAGAAAACAAAAUCAACAGCUGGAAUUGAACAUACAGACUUAACAGAGAGAACAACUGAAUUUGCUACAUUUACAACUGAAACCAAAGCGUCGACAGAAAAAAACACUUCAACAACAGGUUCAUUCCAGCUAUCAAGCUCGACAGAGAAAUCAGGCGUACCGACAGCUACAGCUGAACAUACAGCUAUGACAAAGAGGGUAACAGAAUCACAAUCUACAACAGAAUCACCAUCUACAAUAGAAUCAACAUUUACAACAGAAUCACCAUCUACAACAGAAUCACCAUCUACAAUAGAAUCAACAUUUACAAUAGAAUCACCAUCUACAAUAGAAUCACCAUCUACAAUAGAAUCACCAUCUACAACGGAAUCGCCAUCUAUAACAGAAUCACUAUCUACAAUAGAUUCAACAUUUACAACAGAGUCAACAUUUAUAACAGAAUCAACAUUUACAGCAGAAUCAACACAUAUAACAAAAUCACCGUCUACAACAGAAUCAUUAGCUACAACAGAAUCAACUCCUAUAACAGAAUCACAAUCUACGACUGAAUCACCAUCUACAACAGUAUCAACAUCAACAAAAUCAACAUCUAAAACAGACUCAACGUCUAUUAUACAAUCACAAUCUACAAGAGAAUCAACAUCUGCAAGAGAAUCAAUAUCUACAACUGAAUCAGUAUCUACAACAGAAUCAACAUCUACAACCGAAUUAACAAUAAAACUGGUAGACAUAACGUCGACAGGAGAAAUUACUACGCAAACAAAAAACAUUCACCCCACCGAAAUCAAUACCACAUCAUAUGAAUCGGACACCGGAAAUUCUGAGAAUGUCGUUCCAGCGACAGUCAUGAUUGAUUUUAAAUCUACACAUACACUUGUGUUUGAUGUACUGCUAAACAUAAACGGCAACAACGUCAACCGGAGCUCCAUUCACUUCUACAGCAACAGAACAGAGUCAACGACUACACAUGAAACUACAACCUCGACAGACAGGGUAACUAAAUCUACAAGCAACUCUGAACACAUAUCUCCAACAGAGAGAACAACUGGAUCCGUGGCUACAACCGCCCAUACCCUCUCAUCAGAGAUGGCUACUGAAUCUAUAAUUACAACUGAACCUACAACUUCGAUAAAAGGGACAUCUAUAAUUUCACCUACAAGCUCAGCAGGAAAAACUGUUGAAUCAACAGCUACAACUGAAUCUACAGCUGAUGAACGCAUGACCGCAACAAAGGAGAAAAUAAAAUCAACAACUGGAAUUGAACAUACAGACUCGACAGAGAGGACAACUGAAUCUACUAAAUUUACAACUGAAACCAAAGCGUCGACUGAAAGAACGACUUCAACGACAGGUUCACCCGGGCUAUCAAGUUCGACAGAGAAAAUAGGCUUACCUACAGCUGAAGCUACAACAGAAUCACCAUCUGCAACAGAAUCAACAUCUACAGCAGAAUCAACAUCUACAACAGAAUCAACAUCUAUAGCAGAAUCAACUUCUACAACAGAAUCAACGUAUGUAACAGAAUCAACAUAUGCAACUGAAUCAGUAUCUACAACAGAAACCGCAUCAACAGUAGCUAUAACAGAAUCAACAUCUACAACAGAAUUAACAAUAGAAUCAGUAGACACAUCGACAAUAGAAAUUACAACACAAGCAAAAACUGAAUCUACAGCGUCAAUGGAAACAACUGAAUCGAGAGAAAUAACAAGUGAAUUUGCAGAGUCGACAGUAACACCAGUACCUUCCAUAUCAACAGAAGAGAUAACUACGCACGCAGAAAAGAGGACUAGUAAACCAUGGCCUACAACUAAAUCCACUGACUUGACAGAAAGUACGACUGAAGCAGUUACAGCUGAACCUGCAACCUCGAUAGAUGCGACAAGAGUUACAAAUAAACCUAUAAUCUCAACCGAAACAGUAUCAACUGAAUUUUUAAUAUCGACCAAAAGGGUAACUGAUUCUACAUCUACCACUGAACCUACAACCUCGACAGAGAGGACAGCUAAAUCAUCAGCUGCAACUAAUGAAGUCUUGACUGAGAGUACAAUUGAAACAAUUACAGCUGAACCUACAAUCUCACUAGAGACGACACGUGUAUCAGCAACAAAUGAAUCUUCAUCAUUUACAGAGAGCGCAACUGAAUCAACAGCUACAAUUUCAACAGAAAGAAAGACUGAAAUAACUACAACUGGAUCUAAAACCAUAACAGAGAUUUCAACAGAGAAAAUUACUGGAAAGGCAGAACCUACAACCUCGGUAGAAAGGAUGACAGAAGCAGGUACAAGUGACGUUACAACUUCCACAGUGCCCACAGAAUUAACAGCAACCCCUGAAUCUACAAUCUCAACAGAGAAGACCGAAACAGCUAUGGGUGAGCAUACAAUAUCAACAGAGAAGGCGCUCGAAUCAGCAUUAACAACUGAGCCUACGACUUUGUCUACAACUACUAUAGAAGGUACAAUCUUGUUAGAGAUAACUAAAUCCACAAUCACAUCUGAGUCUUUAAACUCGACGCAAAGUAUAACGGAAUCAACAGUAAAAAAUGAUCAGAGGACAGCUGAAUCAACAUCUACUGUAUCCUCAGUCUCCACAGAUAUGAUUGAAUCAACAGCUAGAACUGAACCUAGAACCUCGACAGGGAGGAUAAUUGAAUCAUCUACUGGAACUGAAACUGCUGUCUUGGUAGAGAGUACGACUGAAAGAAAUACAGUUGAACCUACAACCUCACCAGAAACUACAAGUGAAACAGUUACAAAUGAACCAACAACUUGGACGGAGAGGGCAACAACUACAAUUGAAUCUACAAUUUCGACAGAGAGAACGACUGAAACAACUACUACUGAACUUAUAACAAAGAGGGAGACUGAAUCAGCAGCUACCACUAAACCUACAACCUCAACAGAAAGGAUGACUGAAGCUAAACUCUCCACAAUGAUCACAGAAAAAUCAGCAAUACCUGAGUCUACAAUCUCGACCGAGAGGACGACUGACACAGCUACAGUUAAGUCUACAACAUCGACCGAGAGAGCGAUUGAAUCAACAUUUACAGCUGAGCCUAUGACUUUGUCUACAACUACAACCAAACGUGCAACCUCGUCAGAGAUAAGCAAAUCCUCUGCCACAGCUGAACCUACAAGCUUGACAGAAAGGAUAACUGAAUCAACAGAAACAACUGAACAAGAAGCCUCGGCAGUGAAAACAACAGAUUCAACGGCAACAGGAGAAUCAACUAAAGCAUUAUUAUCCGCAACAUCGACGGAAGAAAUGACCACAGAGCCAAAAGGACUCUAG